AUCGAAGUCUUGUUUGGUUUUAUAAGACGUGACCAGCCUAAUGACCCAAGCCCAACUUAUUUCUAUCUCCUCCUCUCAUCCUCUACUAUCUCUAGUUUCUGAUCAUCAUCAACCAGAGAACAUGGCUAAUUCAGCGUCUGGGAUGCACGUAAGCGAUGAGUGCAAGCUCAAGUUCUUGGAGUUGAAAGCAAAAAGGAACUAUAGGUUUAUUGUGUUCAAAAUUGAUGAGAAGGCUCAGCAAGUAAAGAUAGAUAUGGUUGGGAAUCCAGAAGAAACAUACGACAGUUUCACCAAAUGUAUGCCUGAGAACGAGUGCAGAUAUGCUGUCUAUGACUUCGAUUUCACCACUCCUGAGAACUGCCAGAAGAGCAAGAUCUUUUUCAUCGCAUGGUCACCAGAUACGUCAAGAGUGAGGAGUAAGAUGUUGUACGCAAGCUCAAAGGACAGAUUCAAGAGGGAACUGGAUGGGAUUCAAGUUGAAUUGCAAGCAACAGACCCUAGCGAGAUGAGCCUCGACAUCAUCAAAGGACGAGUCAAUCUCUGAAUGCAAUCUUAAUGCCGUUUGAUCAGUCCUAUUCAUAUUUUGUGCUUUCAGUUUCUUGUGUUUUUGCUGUUGCCGUUUUACUUCUUGGUUCUUUGUAUUUUUGAUUCAAGGGUCUCACCACUUUUUAUCUCUUGUCUUCUCUUUAUGGAAUGGCAAUGAUAAAAAUAAUAGAUAAC